AUGGGAUUUCGACCAGCUAAACGUACCCUAAGCAGUGGAAUGCAAACAAAAGAGAUCGAAGACUGGAUGGAUGGUAUGAUGCGCAGUGCAACGGAUAGCGUGCCCCAGAAUGACGCUUCUCUGGAACUUUCAGAGAAUGCUAAAGCACGUGUCAUACGAUCAUCAGCUCUAGGCCGACUAAAUUUUCGACCCGCAAAACGAUCAUUAGCUCUUGGACGGAACAGAUUCCGGCCAGCCAAGCGGUCAAUUGAUGGGAGUUGCGCUGCUUUAGCGGACAUCGAGGAGCGCUUGCUGGAACUGUUACAAUCUGUCGGGUUGGCUUAUUGGACUCUGCGCAGCCAGUAUUCAUUCUACGGCAUUAUGGAUUCAGUUCAUCUUUGUUACCAGAUUCAGUGUUGGAGUAUUGUUCAACUCUUUUUGCUGGAGGCGAUACUACCAUAA